AGAAGCCAUUGGCUGGAAAGUAGGUUAGUGGUGCGACGUUCAGUGGCAAGCCAGGCGGAAAGUAGGUCAGGGACGGGGGUGCCUGCGCUGCUCAUAUCCCUCACCGCGCCGCCGAGGGGCACCGACCCCCUCCCCCCUAUACGUUGUUUGACUGUCUUGGUACCAUGGACAGCUGAAAAAUUGGCUGCUAAAAGUCCGGUGGUGCACUGGGACUAAUGGGAGUUGUGGGCGCAGUGCCUGCAGGCAGGUGCAGUGCGCGGAGCCACCUGGCUGCUCCUUAGCCUAGGAGCCAGAUGUGCUGGCUGCUUCUCAGGAGCUGCCCAAGGUUUUUGAAAGAGCUUGACUAACAAACUGCAAAGCAUGAAAGAAGUUUUAAGGUGAUUGCUGAGGCAGAAUCAGCUAGCAGAUUGAGGGCAGGCCUUUUCUUCUAGGUUGGAGCUAGACUUCCAGAAGACGAUCCAAUGGCUGACCAAAGGAUGGACAUUUCCUCUACAAUUAGUGAUUUUAUGUCACCAGGACCCACCGACCUAAUCUCUAGUUCCCUUAGCACUUCAGGAAUGGAUUGCAAUAGGAAAAGGAAAGGAAGUUCUACUGAUUAUCAACUUGAUGGAUUUUCUUUUGAAGAAGGUAUGGAUACAGAUAAAGAUGACCAACACGGAAGGUUGGAAUAUACGGACCAACAAGGCAGAAUAAAAAAUGCAAGAGAGGCUCAUAGCCAGAUUGAAAAAAGACGUCGAGAUAAAAUGAACAGUUUUAUUGAUGAAUUGGCAUCUUUGGUACCAACGUGCAAUGCUAUGUCCCGAAAGCUAGAUAAACUUACUGUACUGAGAAUGGCUGUUCAGCAUAUGAAAACAUUACGAGGUGCCACAAACCCAUAUACAGAAGCAAACUACAAACCUGCUUUUCUGUCAGAUGAUGAAUUAAAACAUCUUAUUCUCAGGGCAGCAGAUGGAUUUCUGUUUGUUGUGGGCUGUGACAGAGGGAAGAUAUUGUUUGUUUCAGAAUCUGUCUUCAAGAUCCUCAACUAUAGUCAGAAUGAUCUGAUUGGUCAGAGUUUGUUUGACUACCUUCAUCCUAAGGAUAUUGCGAAAGUUAAGGAGCAGCUCUCUUCUUCUGAUACUGCACCACGAGAAAGGCUCAUAGAUGCAAAAACUGGACUUCCAGUUAAAACAGAUAUAACACCUGGGCCAUCAAGACUUUGUUCUGGAGCAAGACGUUCCUUCUUUUGUAGGAUGAAAUGCAACAGACCUUCAGUGAAAGUAGAAGACAAGGAUUUUCCUUCCACCUGCUCAAAGAAAAAAGCAGACCGCAAAAGCUUUUGCACGAUUCAUAGCACAGGAUAUUUAAAAAGCUGGCCGCCAACAAAAAUGGGACUAGAUGAAGACAAUGAGCCAGAUAAUGAAGGCUGUAAUUUAAGCUGUCUUGUUGCCAUUGGACGGUUACAUCCUCAUGUAGUUCCUCAACCAGUCAAUGGCGAGAUCCGGGUUAAACCUACAGAAUAUGUCUCUCGACAUGCAAUAGAUGGGAAGUUUGUUUUCGUAGAUCAGAGGGCAACGGCCAUUCUGGCAUACUUACCACAGGAACUUCUAGGCACUUCAUGUUAUGAAUAUUUUCAUCAAGAUGAUAUAGGACAUCUUGCAGAAUGCCACAGACAAGUUUUACAGGCAAGAGAAAAAAUUACAACUAAUUGUUACAAGUUUAAAAUAAAAGAUGGCUCUUUUAUUACCUUGAGAAGUCGCUGGUUCAGUUUCAUGAACCCUUGGACCAAAGAAGUAGAAUACAUCGUCUCAACAAAUACAGUUGUUUCCACCAAUGUACUUGAUGGUGGAGAUGCAGCAUUUCCGCAGCUUGCAGCUUCUCCUCACAGCAUGGACAGUGUACUUCAGGCUGGAGAAGGUGGUACAAAAAGGACACAUCCUACAGUUCCUGGUAUUCCAGGUGGAACAAGAGCUGGGGCAGGUAAAAUAGGUAGAAUGAUUGCUGAGGAAAUCAUGGAGAUUCAUAGGAUAAGAGGGUCAUCACCUUCCAGCUGUGGUUCCAGUCCAUUGAACAUUACCAGCACACCACCCCCUGAUACGUCUUCUCCAGGAGGCAAAAAGAUUUUGAAUGGUGGAACUCCAGACAUUCCCUCUGCUGGUUUACUAUCUGGGCAGAUCCAGGAUAAUUCUGGCUAUCCAUACUCCGACAACUCCUCCAUUCUUGGGGAGAACUCUCACAUAGGCAUAGAUAUGAUAGACAACGACCAAGGAUCAAGCAGCCCAAGCAACGAUGAAGCUGCAAUGGCAGUUAUAAUGAGUCUUUUGGAAGCAGAUGCAGGCCUUGGAGGCCCUGUGGAUUUUAGCGACUUACCAUGGCCCUUGUAAAUGCUACAUAUUAAUUCAGCAUCUGAAUAUCAAAGUGCAUUACUGGUGGAGUUCUACAGUCUGUGAAGCUUGGAUUAUGAGACUAGCUUUUAUGUAUGAAUUUCAUAAAAGCCAUAUCAGAACACACAACUCAUCCUACCAUGUGUCAUUUCAGACAAAGUGGAGAUAAAACGUGCUACAGUGUUCUUGCAUUAUGGAUUUGGUUAGCUGUGUAUAGCUUGCAUUAAUUGUAUAUUUUGGGAUUCUGUUCUUUUUGAAUUUUUUCUAAUCACUGUGCAACUCAGCACUGUUAUCAUUGGUAGCUUUUAUAUGCAAACGGUCAUUUCAGAUGUAUGAUGUGUUUUUACACUACAAAAAGGUCCCCCAUGUGGAUAUUUCUUAUACUAAUUGUAUCAUAAAGCUGUUUAUUCUUUCUUGUCAGAAUCCUUUACUAUAAAUAUUGUUAAAGUGUAAUGUAUUAGACAGUUAAAUAUUUUUAAAAUAAAUACGUUUCCCUUGUUCUAAAAUUCAGCAUUUACUUUUUUAUAAUAAAAAAUUUCUGAUAAGACCCCGCUUAAGAAGUAUAGUAGAAGUCACAGAUUGUGCCUUGUUACUUUCAAAAUGGAAAAAAAAGAGAAACAUUCAGUCCCAAGGCUUCAUCCUCAGCUCAGUGCUUUCAGCUAAUUUCAUAUACACACUUUACAACACAUUUCUAAGAUGUUAGCUUUUUUUAUAGAUUUGGUUCUUCUAUAAUUCCAGAAACUUAAAAAUUAGUGCAUCCAUCUGAAAAAUGGAGAGAAUUGUAGUUUAACUGUAUAGCCUUACUUUCACAACCGAUGACUUCCAAAUGGAGGAAUGGCAUCAAGUUUUUAUUUUGGGGAGAGAAACAGAUUGUUUGACAUUUUUGCCUCGUAAGUAUGUCCUGUAGUCGAAACUGCUUCUCUAGUAGCCUCCCCAGCAAUACAACCUCUUAUCUAGCUGGUGUCAAGAUGCGAACAAGUUUUAAUAUUUUGAUUCAGAAGGCAGAUUCCCCAGUGCUGGGAUUCCUAACUGGUAUUUGAUGGCUGAUAAGGAAGGGAAAAAUUGAAGACUGACACCAUUCCUUCCAUCAUUAACACAUUAUAUUCCUCCUCUAAGACU